AUGCCAGUUGAUCAUACACCUGACGCUGGCGCUGAAAAGCCCAUCACCAACUACUCCGAUGUUGCUGGUAAGGAUUCCCACCAACACCAUGACAACGGCGCUCUUUUUGAAACUUCAAAUACUUCAACCAGCGACUCGCUAAAUCCACCUCCAAAAGAGCACAUGGAAGACUCAGAUUCCGUAGUGUCAACUGAACGUGCAGAUGGGGAACACGGUAACAUUUUGGCCCAGUACACCGAAAAACAAGUUAUGGCUAUGGGAAGAAACUAUGCCUCAAAACACGGGCUAGAUCCAGAUUUGUUUGCUCGUGCAGCCGCAUUGGCUAGAGCACCAGGCGCAUUCAAUUCAAUGCCAUUUUUAACCGAUGAAGAAAAAUCGGGAUUGUACUUGGAAGCCACAAAGAAAUGGCACAUUCCAUUGAAGUUGGUUGCUGUUAUCGCUUUGGGCUCCAUGGCCGCUGCUGUGCAAGGAAUGGAUGAGUCCGUCGUCAAUGGUGCCACCUUGUUCUACCCAAAAGCGUUUGGUGUGGACAAGAUGAAAAACGCCGACUUGAUUGAAGGGUUGGUCAACUCAGCUCCAUACUUGUGCGCUUCUUGUAUUGCAUGUUGGAUGACAGACUUGUUCAAUCGCCACUUGGGUAGAAAAUGGACUAUUUUCUGGACUUGCGCCAUUUCGGCAGCUACUUGCAUCUGGCAAGGUUUUGUCAAUAACUGGUGGCAUUUGUUUAUCGCUCGUUUCUUUUUAGGAUUUGGUAUUGGUAUUAAAUCAGCCACUGUUCCUUCCUAUGCUGCCGAAUGUACACCAAAACAUAUUCGUGGCUCUUUGGUUAUGUUGUGGCAAUUUUUCACCGCUGUUGGUAUUAUGUUUGGUUAUGUUACUACUUUGGCUUUUUACUACGUGCCCAAAAAGAGUUUUGGCACCGGUUUAAAUUGGAGAUUGAUGUUGGGAAGUGCCUGUAUUCCGGCCAUCAUUGUGUUGUUCCAAGUGCCGUUUGUCCCUGAGUCACCUCGUUGGUUAAUGGGUAAGGACAGACAUCGGGAGGCCUUUGAGAGCUUGAAGCAGUUGAGAUAUGAGCCUAUUGCAGCAGCCAGAGAUUGUUUUUACCAAUACGUUUUGUUAAAGGAAGAAGGCUCUUACAAAAUUCCAACUUGGAAAAGAGUUAUCGAGAUGUUCACCGUCAGAAGAAACAGAAAUGGUGCCAUUGCUUCUUGGAUUGUUAUGUUUAUGCAACAAUUCUGUGGUAUUAAUGUCAUUGCCUACUACUCAUCUUCUAUCUUUAUUGACGCCAAAUUGAGUGAAAUCAAAGCUAUGUUGGCUUCUUGGGGUUUUGGUAUGAUCAAUUUCAUCUUUGCCAUUCCGGCAUUCUUGACCAUUGAUAGAUUUGGUAGAAGGAACUUGUUACUUUUCGCUUUCCCACUUAUGUGUGCGUUCUUGUUGGUUGCAGGUUUUGGGUUCUUGAUUCAUGAUAGGAGGGGAAAGUUGGGAAUGGUUACCACCGGUAUUUACUUAUUCUCAUGUGUCUAUUCUUCCUCAGAAGGACCUGUCCCCUUCACAUACUCAGCAGAAGCUUUCCCCUUGUAUAUCAGAGAUUUGGGAAUGUCUUGGGCAACUGCAACUUGUUGGUUUUGGAAUUUCAUUUUGGCAUUCACUUGGCCGCGGUUGAGGACAGCAUUUACCCCAACUGGUGCUUUUGGUUGGUACGCUGCUUGGAACGCUAUUGGGUUCUUCCUUGUAUUAUGGUUCUUGCCCGAAACGAAAGGAUUGACUUUGGAAGAGUUGGAUGAUGUUUUCGCUGUACCAAUGUACACUCACGCCAUCUACAGAACAAGAACUUUCCUUCGAGGUGUUCAAAUUCACGUUUUGCGCCGCAAGAAUGUUCCUGAAAUUCCCCCAAUCUAUGACCAUCAAAGAAUGGCUGUUACAAACGAAGAGUGGAACGAUAAGACAGAGGUUUCUCACGUCGAGUAA